AUGGAAAUCGAAAUCCCGGCGGUUCACCCAGCGGUCGCUGUAAAGGCCCCAAGAGAACCACUCAUUAUUAUUGACGCUCCAACACAUCUACCUGACGCCGGCGAGGUCAUUGUAAAGGUGGAAUGGACUUCUUCGACGCCUUACCAUCUGCACCAAGCGGAUGGUGGACUGCUGAUCGACAUGUUCCCUCGAAUCCUUGGCGACACCUUCGCAGGCACAGUGCUACUAGUCGGUCCCGGUCCUCACCACGUUGAUCUCAAAGUUGGGGACAAAGUUCUCGGUUAUUCAUUCCGGGACGACAAGGAUGGCAAAGAAAAGGCGGCGCAAACCCUUAUUACCGUUCCGACUUUUUUGCUCGGGAAGAUGCCUAAAGGAUUGACGAUGCAGGAGGCGGUGACGGUCCCUGACAAUAUUGUCACAGUCUUCCAAGCUGCGGUCGUUGAUCUCGGCCUGCCGCUGCCGUGGCCUAUCCCGGAAGGAUGGACGCCUCCGGAGGCCAAUAUGCCGAUUUUGCUGUGGGGCGGGGCCGGAAGCGUUGGCAUGUACUCCAUUGAAGUAUUCCGGCAUUGGGGCUACAACAACCUGGCAGUUGUCGCCAGCGGGAAACACCAUGAGUAUCUCAAGUCACUUGGCGCGUCGGUUUGCUUCGACUACCACGACAAGCAAGUGGUGGAAAAGAUCCAGAAGCACCUUGGUCCAAAAGGCAUACCAUAUGUCAUCGACUGCAUUGGACACUUGUCAGGGUCACUAAAACCCAUUACUCAGCUCGCUGGGCGAGGGACCAAGGUCGCGGUGAUGCUGCCUGUGGUCAUUAAAGAUCCCACUGAGAUCGAAGCUCCUGUUUAUCAAAUGACGGAGCCUGCUGAAGGCCAGUGGAAGGAUGGCGUUAUCGUGAAAGGCGUGAGGACACAUUUCUAUCUUGAGGUACGUUGGCAAUCAGCCGUCAAGAAUACACAAACUGUGUAA